GCGUGGUUGUGGAUUUUGGACGCAUGACCGCCAAACUUUGUAUUUGUUUAUCAUAGUUAAUCAAUUUGUGGUUAUAUUGUCGAGUAUGCUGCUCCCCAUCCUUUAUGCUGGCAUGGCGUUAAGGACAGCAUACUGAAUACAAGGAUGUCGGCCGGGGUCGAACGCCAGGGUGUCCAUAAGAUAUGCGGCGGCACAAAGCCCGAGACCGAAUUACAAGAAUGUAAAAAGAGCAAGAAAGUCUUUUUCACUUGUUUUGACUGCUCGGGCGAACCGAACGUCAAAUACAGCGAAGUCAACCCGAACGGGUUUCUCAAAUCAGGUGAAAAUUGGGCGUGCUCAAUUCCAGAAAAGCUCCAGGUGUGCGGUGAGUGCGAGGACAUAAAUCUGUUUGGCCUUACUUGGGACAAAGGUUCUGUACUUCUCAAACGGUUAGGAGCCCUCUUCAAAAUGGCGAGCAAGGAGUUAAUGGUGGUUAAUAGCGCUGCAAAACUAAAUGCAAAUGCACUCGGCCUGAACAUAAAUUGGAGUUAUUCUUCCCAGAAUAGUUAUUUUUUAUCGAGAAAGUACUGCGUAGAGUUGUUUAUAUUUAUUAGAAAUUUUGUAGACAGUGUUUGCAGCCAUCCUGAUUAUUACUGGAUUCUUAAUGAUUUUUUACCCGAACUGAGUAAAAAGCUCAUAAACUUCCGUCGCCAGCUUGGCAAGCUGACAGAGCUGCCUGAGUAUGUCUAUUUGCACGGCUGUCAUUCUUCUGGAAAUAAAAGCAGCCAACCAGCAUAUCACCUGUUGCACAUGCACCUAGACCUCAGGUGGUUGUACCUUAAUUUGAUUCUCAAAGUCCAAUAUGCCAAGAGGAAUAUAGAGAACAGAGACUCACAAUUCUAUGAACAGCCUGAACUUACGAACGAAGUCAGUACUGAAAUUAAAAACUUAAUAAGGGAACUUUUAGAACUGUCUGUGAAAAGAUAUGAAAAAACAUCAUGUUCAGAAUUGUGUAGAAAAUCGCCGUUCAGUUGCACGUGUAUUCAGGAAAUGUGGAUCAUGCUACAACUCGUCGCUGACACCCUUUACACAAACAACAUUGAAAAAAAUUUUUGGGAAUAUUACAACGAAUGUGUCGGCAGUUUGAAUUCAGAUGAAUACAAUUUCACUCCAGUUUCCAGAGCCAUUUUUUCAUUCUGGCUAUUAAGCAAUGUCGCCAAACUUUACAAAGUUGAAGAUAGAGCUUUAGCUAGCAACUAUCCUGUUUUGGAAUCAUUAGUAAAAACUAUUGUUUUGGAAGAAAUAAAUGAAUCAGAAAUGAGAACUUGUCUGACGUUCAUUGAGUUCAUCUGUAUAAAAACCUGGGAGCCAAAGGUUGAGCCCUUAAUCACUUUGUGGGAUUAUUUUUACAAAAAGCUGAAUAGCAAUUUUUAUUUGGUCGGUGCUUCGCCGAUGACUGCUGCUGUGAUGAGCAAAACGGCUAGUGGGAUGGUCCAACAGGUGAAAUCGUACGUUGAGAAUCGUAGUUCAGUCUUGGACAGUUUUCAGCACUUUCUCAGGCUUAUCGGACUCCACUUGCAAAGGUCGAAGGGUUCACCGAGACACUGGAAUGUCAUAAAGGGAAGGAUUUUUUCCAAACUUUCUCACCCGAAGCUUUGCUCCUUGUCUCAGGCCGGAGAAUACCAUUUGGUCCUGCUGUUUCUCAUGCUUGAUACAUCUAAUGGUGUAUCACAAGUGGAUGGUAAAAUGAUCGAACUAUUUAAUGUGAUAAAAGAUGCAAAAGGUUUAGUUUCGAAUGAGCUUAUUAAAGGUUUAUUUGCUUUUGUUAUAUUAAAACUUGAGAGUAAUGAACACAUUGGAAAACUCGUCCAGCCUUUGGUUGAUUAUGUAAAUUCUUUAUCCCCGCUUGAAAGUUAUGACAUGAUUAAAAUGUAUGUGGAAGAAAUGGAAUUUAUCUUGAAAACAUAUUCUUCAUUAAAUUUAGGCCAGCAUUUAUUCAUUAGUGAGUGGCUUUCAAGAUAUCUAUUUUCAUCAUCAUUGUCAGAUUCCGGACGAUUGCUUGAAACAAUUUUGACCGUAUUAAACCGUCUCAAAAUUAACAUGUGCCAUGGGAAUCCAGAACAUGAGAUGAUAAUGUUUGUUGAAAAACUGUGGAGUGAGCUAAUUGCGUACUUGAAAGGAGUUUCAAAUCAUUUCAACACGUCUCAACAAGUUUCUGUCCUUGCGGCUUCUUUAGCUUCUUUAUCAGUGAUCACAGGAAAGCUCGAUCGUUUCAAAGAGCUUUUUGAUUUAUUCAUCUCAAAUGAUACUAAUGAUAUAAGGGCUGUCAGAAAAUUUCUGAAUUGCUUAAUAGAAUCAACGUCUGUUGUUAACAUUCUCCAUAGUUACAACAACUCUAUUGUAAAGGCCUGGGUCCGGUGUUGUAUUAUGUGUCCAGAUUCAAACCACAAAGAAAUGCACGAGCUGACUUGCUACAUUUCAAAAAUCGCUGAAAUAAAAUCUAUCGUGAACCCUGACCAUUUGAUGGACUGUGCUGAACCGCUCUAUCUAUUUUUGUCCUGCCUGCAAGAGAAAUACACCUCAAACGAUAUUUAUGAAAGGCAGUCGCUAAGGGAAAAAGUAAGCAUUUAUUUUGAAGGAAUUGAUCGAUGGUUGAAACCGGUCAUUUCAUCACCGAGAGAUUAUGAUCAGGUCAAUAAUGUUUAUCAAUCAUUGGGAAAUAUUAUAAGAAUGAUAUCUCCUCUUCUUUACGUUAAAUCUAAACCAAAUACACCACUCCAGCAGUUAUUGGAUUUAACCCUUUUACCUGUCAGCGUGAGGAAUCCAGAAUCAAAAUUACCCCAUAACAUAGUACAAUGUGUGAAAACAUCAUUACACCUAUUUAUUUUAGGCCUUUUCAAACUGAUUCCAGAUCAGGAUCAUUAUAUUAUGAGGACGAUCAAAGAGCUUCUAACAAUUUAUAUACCCAGGUGUGUGCAAAUCCACCAAAUGUUUAAUUUCACCGAUUUCUCUCUUAUCUCCCAGUUCGGCGAUUUUGAAGAAAGGUCCCAGUGUUUUAUUUUGGAAACUGUGUGUGGUAAUUUUCUAAGGAAAAAAUCUCGAAAUCCUCACAACCAGGCGUUAUAUGCAUUGAAGUUUUUAGAGGAAUUGUUCACAGCAUUUACCAACUCGCCUGAAAUUGUAAAAAACGUUCUACGCUUGACUUUCGACCGUAUGUGUGAUAUAUUUAUGUUCUGUGAUGAUAAAAGCCAGGUGCACUCUGCCGCCAAGGAUAUCCUAAGGCUGUUUUUAAACAGCAGUUCAAUCAGAAAAGGAAACUUUUUGAUGGAUGACAUCGUCCGGCUUCUCACUUCAUUGGCGAAUGAACACCUUGCCUGGUCGUCUCGUCAACUAUUUGAACUCGUCGUUUUCCUCUCCUCAGAAGCCCCUGAUCUCACGUCCCGCUUCCUUCCUCAUCUCCUUGAAAUUAUAAAAGAAGUAGAAAAGAAACGAGGUGUUGGCUAUGAUAAAACUUUAAGACUUGGGUUUGAAAGGAUUGAAUCUCGUUUAAGAGCGAUUAAAAACGAAGAAACUUGACAACUGUGGUUUUAAAUUCUCAGAUAAAAAGUGAAGUAUGGAGAGUUGCAUUAGUUUACAAUUGAGGAUUUAAUUUUUUUAAGUUUCUGUGUAAAUAAUUUAACUUAAAAUCUAUAUACAUACAAAUUGAAUAUAUUUUCUUAACUGUAAGGAAUGAGUUUUUGGCAAGGCUUGCAAUUAAACUGUUCAGAUUGUACAUUUGUUCCUGAAAAAUUGUCACAUCACAAUUAUGAAAUGCCACAAAUUUAUUUUCCAAUUGUAAAGUUUACAUACAUUUUUUGCAAAUAUAUUAAAUUAUUUUUUAUUUCAAUUUUGAUUGAGAUUUCAUACUCAGUAUUGAUCUCCAUUCUUCUCCAAAGUGAAUGUGGGUACAAGGUCAACCUACUGUGACCCAUUUGUUUUCUACAGUCUCUGAAUUGUUUCCAAUUUCUGUUAUGUUUUUUCAAUCCAUGUAUUGUAAAUAUAAUUUGUUAUUGUAAUGCAUCACUUGGUUAAAUACAGUGCUGUGAUAUGUA